GGAGAGAGGAGAAGUGUCUUCGUUCGUUGUUUGCUUCUGUUCUUCCUCAUUCCCUCUCGAUUCAAGUCUGAAUCGCAAACUUUGCUUCGAAUUCAACCAUCUCUCACCUUCCCUUGCAAUCAAGUCUCCAACGAAAUCAAUCUCUCUGCGCAAUUCUCACUCUUCUGGGUUUAUCUCUCUCACUCGUCUCCUUAUCUCAUAUUCUAGGGUUGGAAGUUUCUAUCUUCUUGUUUCGGUUUAGUGUUGGUGUCGAUUCAUUCUCUGUAGCUAAAAUUGGUGGAGGUCAGCUUUGCGUGUGGCCUGGUGGUUUGAGACAUUUGUGCCUCAGGAAACGAUAGAGUGGAACUAUAGGUGAAGCAGGACCAGAUGGGAACUUGCCGUACGGGAGAGAGGACGAUGGUGAAAGCGAAGAGUUUGUUAAGUAUAAUCGAAUGCUGCAUGGGAAGAAGAAGAAAAGAGGCCAAACAAAUGAGAAAACUUUGACGAUUAAGUUCCUAAAGAAGUACAUUUACUAUGCCAAGCAUCGAAUUCAGCCAGCUCACUGAUGAAACUAGCAAAAGAUCAAAUGGUCGCCACCAUGAUCACAGCUAUAUUCCAAGGCUCCGUCUCCGUCCUCAUCUUCACCAACACGGCCAACUUCCUAGGGAGCCUCAAGUCGUAUGUGAGGGAGGAAGAUGCGGUUGUGAUCUUGAAGCUUGGUGGUGGGCUCUGUGUUGUGAUCUUUUGUUUUGAUUGGGUUGUGCUUGUGUUGGCUUUCUUCUUGAAGUAUUACGCUUAUGUUAAGCGUGGUGGAGAUAGAAGUGUUGCGGUGAAGAGGAGUGGUAAGGUGCAGAGUGAUGAGAAUCCUAAGGAUUGGCUAUGGCUUUUCCAAGUUUGAAGUUUAGUGUCUUCUUGUGUUGUUGAGAGCUAUAUCAGUAUCAAAUGUUGUCUUUUGAUCUGUUUCUUUUGAUUUGUUCAUUUGUUGUUUGUUGUAUCUGUCAUUGUUGGCAAUG